AUGUCAGAAAUUACACUUACUUCAUCAGAUAAUGAAUCAUUUAAAGUUGAAAAAAAAAUUGCCGAAAGAUCAAUUUUAAUUAAAAAUAUGAUUGGUGAUUUAGCUGGUGAUGAUGAUGAUGGAUUUGAAAUUCCAAUUCCAAAUGUUCGUUCAACUGUUUUAAAAAAAGUUAUAGAAUGGGCUACACAUCAUAAAGAUACAAGUUUCCCAGAUGAUGAAGAUGAAGAUUCAAGAAAAUCUGCUCCAGUUGAUGAAUGGGAUAAGGAAUUUUUAAAAGUUGAUCAAGAAAUGUUAUAUGAAAUCAUCUUGGCUGCUAAUUAUUUAAACAUUAGACCUUUAUUAGAUGCUGGUUGUAAAGUUGUUGCUGAAAUGAUUAGAGGUAAAUCACCAGAAGAAAUUCGUCGUACCUUUAACAUUGUUAAUGAUUUUUCACCAGAAGAAGAAGAAGCUAUUAAACGUGAAAAUGAAUGGGCUGAAGAUCGUUAA